UAGUUUCACUUUUACCAAUCAAAGACAACAAGAAACUUGACUAAACCUCUCUCCUCUCUCUCUCUCCCUCUCUCUGAUAUCUCUCUCUCAGACACAGAGAUAAGAGUGAUCACAUAUUCUAUAUAUAUAUAUAUAUACACAGUAUGAAGUCAGGUAGUCCUAGAGUAACAAAGAGGAUGUGCAAUUCCAGUGAAGAGGAAAGUGAGCUAAGAAGGGGUCCAUGGACUCUUGAAGAAGAUACUUUACUCACUCAUUACAUUUCUCGCCAUGGUGAAGGUCGUUGGAAUAUGUUAGCAAAAUAUGCAGGACUGAAGAGAACUGGAAAGAGUUGCAGAUUACGAUGGCUAAAUUAUUUAAAACCUGACAUUAAGCGUGGAAACCUUACUCCACAAGAACAACUCUUGAUUCUUGAACUGCACUCUAAGUGGGGUAACAGGUGGUCAAAAAUUGCACAGCAUCUGCCGGGCAGGACAGACAAUGAAAUCAAGAAUUAUUGGAGAACAAGGGUGCAAAGGCAGGCACGUCAAAUGAAUAUUGAGUCUAAUAGCAAGAGGUUUCUUGAUGCUGUUAGGUGUUUUUGGAUGCCAAGAUUGCUUCAGAAAGUGGAGCAAACUUCUUUUUCUACUGCUUCUUUAACAAACCCUGACUAUUUACAGACUAUUUCAGCUACUUCUUCAUUAUCAGUACCCAAUUUCACAACCAAUCCUUCUUCGUCAGAAUCUUUUGAUCCACAAAUCCAUAAAUUAGUACAGUACUGCUCAAAUCUUGGAAGUGAGCAUUCAAUAAGUUCAGUCACUACUAGCCCUAGUACUACUGUCCUUUCCACAGAUUCCAUUGCAAUCCAACACCAGCCUGAAAUUCUUGAAAACCCAAAAACUCCCCCUGUACUUGAUGACACUGGCGUCUACAACUACAAUAACCUAAUUCUCAGUGAAGGUUACCAUGUGGAGAGCAAUGGGUAUGACAUGGAUCAUGGACUCAAUCCUGCUGCAGCUUCAAUGCCUGAAAUUGGCACUUUUGAUGAUUCACUAUCAGAAUGCCAGAUGGCAGAAAGCAAUUGGGUCUUUGAGGAUGAAAUGGCAGAUGCUUUAUGGAACAUGGAUGACAUUUGGCAGUUUAGGCUUUAGUGAAAAAGAAAAAGGCAUCUACCAUAUCUAGGAUGGCUCUGUUAUUAUGGUUAGGGUCCAUCCAUCUACUCAUCUUGACCCCAGGCAUUACACUGAUCUACAUUAGAUUUUUACAGAUUUAAGUGGUGAUUACUAUUAUUGUACUUUACAAGAAUGCAUAAUGUAAUCACUCAUCUAUGAAUUAAGAGUGACAUAGUCUUAUUGUAGUUCAAAAGAUUGUAUGAAUUUAUGAACAAUUAUGUAGUGAACUUGAUUUA